CCGGUUUUCCAACCCAAGCUCGGGAAAAUGAAGAAAAUCAAUAGGCGUAAUAGUAAAUAGUAUGUAGUCAAUAUUUAUUUAAUUCCAUGUGUAUAAGUUAUGAAAGUUUCAAAAGCAGUGGCUCAAAGUCGUCAAAUAAUAUACUACGAAAUACAAUUCUUACCUAUCUAUCCAAGAAAGGUCAUAUUUUACACCAGCCUUUAGAAGUAUGGCUAAAGUAGAGCAACCAUUGUUUAUUUUACCAAAGAAACGAAAUGGAAAGAAGCAAAACUCAAUAGGUGGACAUGUAGACCACAUCAUCACUGUUCAGGGAGCUACAGAUACGGAAAUUUCAUCAAAAUACAAAAAUGGGUUAUCACCAGUAUCUGAACACGUUGCUAAUGGGAUAAUUCACUCUACAAUGGAAGGCCUCAAAUCAAACAUGAAAAUUAACUUGCCCAUUAUCAAUGAUGUUAACGAUGAAGAUAUUACAGAUAUAAUCACUGAAUCUAAACCAUCUCAGCAGAAAAAUGGUUACCAGCCUUUAACUUUGAAUAGUAGUAGAGAAAUUAUUGAUCUUUCCCCUAUCUAUGAAAACUCUUCAGAUGCAUGCUCUAGUCAUGGAGAUUUGAGGGAUGACAAUGAAAUACAGAAAAGUUGCAGAAUGUUAAAUUCUGACACUAACGAAAGUGCAUGCCCAACUCCUAACACCCUUUCACAAACCCAUUCAGAAGUGAGCUUGGAAAUGGGCAUAAUGACUGAUAGCCUCAAAAAUAGUGCUAAGAGAAAGAAGAGAGUUAACAUUGUUUCUGGUAUAACCGAGUCGGAAAAUACUGAAACAGAGAUCACAGCUUUAAGAGUUGAUUCCGAAGCAUCUCUUACUACUGACUGCUCAUUAGAGAGUAAAGAUGGUUACUUGACAAUGACUGGUACAAUAAAACGUGGCAAGAAAAAAGGUCAAAAUGUUGAUGUAAAACUAAAUAUAUCUCGUGAAGAAUUGGAAAUUAUAGAGGCAUCAAUUGUUGCAGAUGAGUUAAGUAAAAUGGAUGUGUCUCAAUGCUCACUGUAUAAUGGGCCACAUAUAUUUUUAUUCAGCCUCCUCUGUGUACCAAUUGUUGUCUGUAUUUCUGCUGGCUAUUCAUUUUAUAUGGGUACUCUGGCUUGGUACAAUAUUUUUUCUCAUGUUACUGAAGAGUUUACUUGUGUUAAAAAGAUGAUUUUGGCACCAAUAGUAAUUUUAUCGUACCCAUUUCUAAUUGUUAUAUUUACAAUUGGUCUAGGUCUUUAUGCAGGUAUCGUACAAUUGACAUUUAGUGGAGCAAACUGGUGGAAAGAUGUAUGUGACUUUGAGAAAGGUUUUUAUGGAUGGUUAUGUAAUGUAUUGGGCAUGGCUGAGUGUAGUCCAUAUGAGGUUGUAAUUCUAAUGGAUGUCAAACCAUAAUUGUUAUGGUUUUAUAAACUUCACUUGACUUCACUUCCACAUUGAUAACAAUAUGUUAGACAUGCUUAGUCGUGAAUACAAAUUUAAACCAAACAUACCCAUUACAUAGAAUUAUCACUUAUCUAAAAAUAGGUUUAUUAACAUUUUUAUGGAAAAAAAAACAUGUAAAGGAAGUUAAUUCAUUAUAAAAAUAAACACUGCCAUUGCUUUUAUACAUUUUUAAGGCUUUUGACGUAUAGUAUUUUAUAUUGACUUAAGAAUAAUUUAAAAAGUGGGUGAGAAGAAUGUAGAAAUUGGGAUCAAAGUAUGUUGAGAUUUGUUUGGAAUGUACUUAAUAGAUUAAUCACAUCAUGCAUUUCUUUUAAAGAUUGCGUUAGGUAAGUCAAAUUCAAAAUCUUCCUGCUCAACUUCCCUUUUAUACCUUAUUAUUUGUAUCUACUACUUCUAAUUUAGGAAAACGUUAUCAAUAUUGUCCAUAUCAUUAAUUAGAUAUUAUCCCAGAGUUUUCACACUGGGUUGAGUUUUAUUUGUGAUGACAUAAAAUUUAUAAUAUGUAGUAUUUAUAUGAUCUUGAAUAAAUAUAUGAAGAAAAAUAAAAAAAUCAUGAAAACAUUAAUUAACCAUAAUUUUAUGUAAAAGUACUGAACUACUUAUAUUAUUUAGGAACUUUUCUCUUAAUAUAUUUAUUCAAUGUAUUUUACGCACAAAUAUGACUGGAAUGUCGCAAAUAAUUAUAUGA